AUGGCCGACGGCACAUAUUCUUUAUCGCAGGUUCUGGAGGUAGCCAAGAUUCAUCCGUUCUAUAACAAGAAUGUAGAAUAUCCUCCAGACUCAACCGCCGUCCAGAAGGCGCUUGAAUUAGCUGCUGGUGAUUCAAAAGAGCAAGACCUCAAUGUGUUACCAUUGCUGCAAAAGGAGAACUUGUAUAGAAUCAUUGAGCGCCUCAAUAACGAUCUCAGCCCUCAUAAUACCUACCGAUGUAGCGCCUACAUCAGCAUGACUGGAGGCGGAACCGGGGGCUUACCACUUAUGUUUGCCACGGAUACCAAAGAAAAUCGCACACAGAGGGCAGUGUUUGGAGAUCUGCUGAGAACUUGUGGCGUAAUAGCACCUCAGGACUGGGUUCUCACAAUGCAUACUUCGGGUUAUUUUUACCGUGCUCUCGACCUGACUAGUGAACUUUUUGAAAACGCCGGUGCCUCGGUUCUUUGUGCUGGCAGUCGCAUGACACCUGCCGAAGUAGUUGAGGCUUUGGUGCAUUACCACGCCAACGUUCUUACCGGCGACAGCACUCAAAUCGUGAAACUCGCACACUAUAUAUCUACCCUCCCCGAUAACGAGCGCAAGAAUAUCCGCCUUAACAAGGUAGUUUACACCUCAGAAGCUUUGACUGAAGCCCAGGAAGCCCACAUCAUCGGCGUUCUUGGCGCAGUACAGAUAUUCUCCAUUCUGGGAAGUGCCGAGGGAGGUCCAUACGCGCUCGGCAACCCAAGUCUCACAGGAAAUGACCAAAAGCCGGGCACGCGCGACUUCAUCAUCGACACGAGAAGCGUUCACGUUGAAAUCCUCCACCCGUCAGCAAUCGAUGACCUUGCUGCGCAUGGUAAUACUCUGCCUGAGUCAGAGUCGGGCAUCAUCGUCUUAACCUCUCUUCAGCGUCUGCGUAACCCUUUGGUCCGCUAUAUAACCGGUGAUAUCGGUUCGCUGCAUCCCAUGCCGGCGACUGCCAGCGGUAAAAUUCCAGAUGCCGACUUGCCGCACUUCCGUGUGCUUCGACUGGCGGGUCGGGAUCGUCGCUUCAGCUUUAAAUGGUUUGGCGACUAUUUUGAAUUUCACAAUCUUGUGAGCUUGAUGCAGACACCCGGGUCGGGAAUUCUUCAAUGGCAAGUUAUUCUGGGUUGUUUGGAGUCGUCGCCUCAGGCGACGCUAGAGCUUCGCUUGCUUCGCGCCGCAUCAGGAGAGAACCUUCUUUCCCAAGACGAAUUUGUGGAGCUGGUGGAAGGGUUCUUCCAUGUCUUCCCGGAAAGCCGCCAUUUGUUCCGCAUUAACAUGGUCGAUAAUCUUGAGGCAUUCGAGCGAAGCAGCACCGGAAACAAGGUUAUGAACUUUGUGGAUCGAUUCCAUUGA